AUGGCGGCUCCCAACCCGAAUAACGUCGACAUCGACGCGCUACUCGACCUCACCGAGUACGACCGUCUACCCACCAACUCGUCCCUAUCGUCCUCGCCUGCGUCAACAUCGAAAAACAACUUUGCUAGCCCCGUUUCGGCAACCGUCACCACACCCAGCGUUCCCUCGACGAGUACACAGACCCUGAGUGGGCCGAGCCAUAACUAUGACAUGUAUCGCCAGCAGACCGGUUUCGUGCCAGGUGCGCUCGCCAACACCAUGGCUGUGAACCAGACCAACAACACUGGCUACCAAGACUUCGGCAGCCUCGACUACUUGUCGAACAUGACCCCCGAGGACGACAUCUUCGACUUCAACACAGCGCCUUCGCAAGGGACAAUGGCCGGGGCGUCGGACAUGGACAUGGAGUUUGACUCGCCUGCCGAGACCCAGAACUUCUUCAACACGAUCAACCCCAGCAGCAUCGAGCAAGAGUUGUCGCCUACUUCUGUAGCCACACAGUCCAGCAACGUCGGGCGUCUUUGGCCUGGUGCUCACUCGCAAGCGGCUAUGGCCAAGAUUCAGGCUCAGCAGCGCCAGCAGCAGCAACAACAACAUCAGCAACAACAUAUGAUGCAGCGUCAACAUCAACAGCAGCAGCAGCACAUGCCGCAGCAACCCAAGGCGCGGAACAAGAGCUCCCAACCCACAGACCCUCUCGUCGAGCAGAAGAUCACCCAGCUGCUCAACUCCAUGCGAGCCAAGCCUCCGUCUGCUGAGGAUGAUAAGAAUUUUCCCAUGGCCAAUCUGUCCAGGACGAAGAAGGAGGAGGAUGACAUGGAUGAGGACGAACGACUGCUGGCCAGUGAAGAGGGCAAAAAGCUGAGCAGCAAGGAGCGUCGCCAGCUCCGCAACAAGGUAUCUGCUCGUGCAUUCCGCUCGAGACGCAAGGAAUACAUCACCCAGCUCGAGGCUGAGAUUGCUGGCAAGGUCAAUGAGAACGGCGACCUCCGCGCACAGAACCGCGCUCUGGUCGAGGAGAACAAGCGUCUCACUGACCUGACACGCAUGCUCCUUGCCUCGCCCUCUUUUUCCAACUUUCUCGACCACCUGAGUGCGAACCCGGCGCAGGCACCAGCACCCCAAGUCAAGGUUGAGCCCCAGCAGGAACAGCAGCGCCAGUCGCUGCCGAAAGACACCAAUCCCUAUGGGUCCGUGGAGUCGCAGCAGCAGAUUGGUAUGGCCAUGAUCCCUGAGCAGACCAUGGACUUUUCCAUGCUGAGCCUCGACAACUCGUACAACUUCCAGCCGCAAGUGUUCGUGGUUGACGCUCUCGAAAUUCCGGCGCCCAUUGACGCCUCUGCCCUCUCCGGCAAGAGCACCAACUUUGCUGAGCCCUUGACCGAUCUCGAUGAGGAGAAGAUGGAGGUGCCCGCCCUGGAGCGGCCUGCUGAGCGUCCUGAGCCCACCGAGGGGAAGACCGCUCCUCGCGAUGAGGACUUUGAGUCUGACCCUGAAUAUGCCCUGUACCACUCUGAACCCACCACCGCUACCGAAACACGAUCUGAGCUCGACACCGAAGGCCUAUCAAACGUUGACCUCUUUGGAGGCAUCGAAGCUGAGAAGAUCCUUGCACGCUAUGAGUUGCUAGAUGCCAGUGAGGAGGAGACGUCGGCGGCCAUUUCGAUGGCCCGGGUCCAACGUAUCAGUGACAGCAUUGAGAGCGUGGUCUCGAGAUUAGAGCUGCUGACCAUGGACCUGUAG